AUGUUCCCUAAAAAUCCUGCAGAUACAAUCCCUUCAAAAGUAGAAGUUUUUAGUACAACACAGGAACCAGUAACAGAUGACCCAAUGCCCGAACCUUCUCCUAAUGAAUUCAAGUGGUAUACAAUAGGUCUUUUUACCCACAAUUUUGAUACGGUUAAAUUUUCUACCAUUGUAUUUGAUUUUUAUGAUACAAACAUCAUUACAAAUCAUAAAAAUUUUGUUGAUGAAGGCGGAAAUGAUCUUAAAUUAUUCUAUCCAAUAGGAUCAAAAAUAAGAUUCAAAGCCAAAAACAGUCAAAAGAACUUAAUGAAAGGAUUUCAAAUUUCCAUAGAUGAAAAUUUAUCGACUGCAAUAUUGAUAAAUUAUUUUGGGAAAAAUGUAUAUAUAACAGCAGAAAAAACAUCAUUGAUAUUCAUAUCAUCAAUUAAAACAGAUUUAUUUAUGAAUUCUGAGUAUCCUGUUGGUAUUUACAUUGAUCAAGCGCAAAGUGAUCAAGGUGGAUCAUGGAGUAAUUACAAUUAUUUCCAAAUGCAGACAUCUCGGCAGCAAACAAUAGGUUUAACUUAUAUCAAAAAAUCGAAGAAAACAGACAAUAUAGAAAAUGAUGAGUUUUCAGGCAUAUUUUAUCCUCCACAUCGAAGACAUUCUGAACCAACAAUUGAAGACUUCAAUCCAUUAUUUGAAAAUAUGACACUUAAUCUUCCAUUCGGAAAAUAUAAUGUUUGGCCAAUCUAUGAUGGUAUAGAAGUUAAUUGUAGCGCAGAUACAGGCCUAAUAAUUAAGUCAGCUAAUCUCUAUGAUAUCUAUUUCUUUAAACAAGAAAAAUUACAAUAUUUGAGAUUCACAUCAAAUUUCACACUUUUAUACUUCCAAACCAAUAAGCUUAUAGAGUCUGCAUUUAAAUAUUCGAACAAAUUAUCUGUUAAAAGUCAAUAUUUUGUGGCAAUUCCUUAUAACUUUUAUUCCUAUGCUCCUUAUGCUCUUCUUUUUCAAACCAAUGAAAUCAAUAUUUAUGGAAAUGAACAAGUAAAAAUUUAUGAUAUUUUUACUGGAAAUCAGGAUCCAUGCCCCAGUAAACUUGGUGCUGAAAUGGGUGUAGCAAUAAUUAUAUUAUACCGACAGAAAAAUGGAAUUAAAUACACUUGCAUUUGUGGCUCAUCCUAUUCAGUUAAAUCUAUUCUAUCCGAUGGAAGAAAUUGGCCAGUGUUAUAUUCAAUACCUGAUAAUUACUUGGUCAUUUAUAAUAAGGAGAUUUACACAAAAUGGAUUUAUAAAGAUGAAUUCAAAUCACAUGAAUUAAUUAAUUUUACCAAUGCAGUAGGAUAUGAUGUUUUAUUGAAUCCAGUAAAUCGUGCAUUUUCAGUUGAUACAGAAAAGUUGGAUGAUAAGUCUAGCUAUUGCUACUUUAUUUAUAAUCCUGACAUAAAUUCAAAUCUGACAUUGAAUAUGUUCGAUAGUAGGACAUCAACAUGGACAACAAAGAAAGAGGAAAUUGAUGUCCAAAAGAAGUAUUGCAUUAAAAAGUCAGAUCAGAUAAAAGCAAUUUAUAUUGAAAGCUCAGAUUCACAACAACAAUAUAAGAAAAUAUCAAAUGGUACUUCGAUUCUCACUGAAAUUACAAUAAUUUCAAAUGGAAACCUAAUUCUUCAACCAAACAAGUAUUUUAUUAAACCUCAAACAAUGGUUGCUUUAUUCCCAGAUUCUGAAAGCGAAAAAAUUACAAUUAAUAAUGGAAGCUCUAAUUAUUUAUUCAAAGAAAGCGGUAUCAUUGAAAUAUCUGGUGAAGGAUCAAUUAAAGCAGCAGCAUAUAGUUCAGAUAUAGAUUCUCAAAAGCAAUAUGUUCUGAAAGGAAAUGGCCAAAUAAAGAUCGGUACCUCUGACAAGAAUGAUAUUGUAUUAACAUCUGAACCAAUAUCCAUUUUAGUUUAUUCUGUUUCAAAUGAUUUUGCUGCAUCAAUUAAAGUUUUGUCUCAAAAGCUGAUUGUUAGAUUCUUCAAACUUGAUGGAACAGAAUUUACUUUUGGUUUGAGAAGAAUCAGAGAAACUGAAAUCAAUGAACCAUUUGUAGUUGUAAUUGAAAAUAAUGCAAGUCCAUCAGAAGAUGUAAGUUUAACAAUAACAACCACAUCAUCUUCUGAUGAAAAAGCCAAAAUUAUAUCAGAAGAUGGUAUUAAAGAUGUCAUUGAAGAGCCAUUAGUUAAUCCACCAUCUAAGCCAAAUGAAGAAACACCAUCUAAGCCAGGCGAUAACACAUCAUCGAAGCCAGAUGAAAGUUCACCAGACGAUACAAAAUCAGAAACAAAUGGAAAACCUAAGAAGAGUGGAGGAAAGAUUGCAGGGCAAAUCAUCGGAAGCCUUAUUGGAAUUUACCUUGUAGUUGCUAUUUGUUUCUCAGUUUACUAUUAUUACACUCGAUAUUACUUGAAAUCUAAGAAAGAAGAAGCUGAAGAAGUAAGUCAGGAAGAAACAAUUCUAACAGCAACUAAUGAAGUAACAAAUGAAAACAUCAUCACAGUUUUUGAUGAACCACAAGAUGAAAAAUCAGAUUCUCUUUCCUUCGAUAGUGCUGAAGUUUAA